AUGGUGACUAUCGAUACUUUAAAGAAUGAAUUUUCGAAAUCAAUUGAUCGAAAAUCAGAUUGUACACUUUUAAUAUACAAAGAGAAUAGCAAAGAAUAUUUACGUUAUAAUCUUUAUCCACAUUGUAUUAAAUCAUUAAAUGAAUUCAAAAGUAGUGGCGGUGUUUUAGAUUCAACAAUCUCAAAUGUUAUCUUUGAUUAUCGUAGCGAGUUUGAUAGUAACAUUAUCGAUACACUAGUUCGAUCGAAUGUACAUUCAAUUCAAGCUCUUUAUCAAAAUGACAAAGUAGAGCAUUUACGGUUGCCGUCCAAUAUUAAAACAAUCAAAACGAAUUCACGAAUGAAUCCAUCGACUUAUCCAGAGCAAUUAGAAUCACUCGAAAUUCAUCUCGAUAGAGCCUCGUUCAGUGCAUCGAUUCAAUCGAAGCCGUUUGAAAAAUGCAAUGGAACCAAUCAAACUGAAAUCAUAGCAACUAUCUAUAACUUUAAUCCUUAA